UCAAUGACUACAAUGAGCCUUUAGUGUACAUGUAUAAGAUUGGCACUGGAAUGGUAUUCAGAUAAAACACGUACAUAUACAUUCAUACAUCGACCUGGGAAUCUCCAGAUUUAAUUAAUGAUUUUACGGGGAAGGAAUAAGGCGAUACUUCUUGUUUUCUGUCGAUACAUACUGUGUGGAAUUCAUAAAAAUUUGAUCAGUAUUGGAUAUUCUGUGUAUUUAAUGACCAUGGGUCUGGAAUGAUCUUUUCUCCAUACAGACAAACAACAGUGUCUAGUGCAGCCGGGACACUGCAGAUAUGACGCCAACGGGAGCUACAGGCGGCACAUCCAGGAUUGGUACUGUGUGUGUACAGGUCUGAUGUCCAGAGGCAAGUGUGUGCUGCUGCUUAAAUCUGUAAUGGCUGUCUGAUUGACCAAACGUGCAGCUAUGGGCCAACAGUACAGUGUUGAAACUCUUACUGCUUCGGAUGAAAGCGAUGGCGGAAAAUACUGGUCAAGCUUUGAGCCGUAUCCAAGCAAAGUAGGUGGGCGCAAGCUAGCCUAUCUUGGCCUGCUCAAUGGUGGAGGACCAAAAGCCGGAGAGAAGUGUAUCGUCAAGGUGUUAAAGAAUGGCAUUGGUACCUACGCGGACUGGAAUUGUGACCUCAAAAAAGCUCGAGCAGCAAGGGAUAUGGCGAAAACGUUUGGUGUAGAAAUGAAAGAUCGAGAUAUCGAUGCUCACUUUAACUUCAUCAUUCCAAUUUUAGCGGAGAUCGACGAGGUUUCGAUGUUCACGUGUAUGAACGUUGUCAUGAGAAAACCUCGAAAGAAGUUUCACGAGUUUGAACUAGUAUCGAUAGAACCAUACUUGGACGGAAAAUUUGAGCUGUUCGAAUUUGGAUCGUCGAGUCAUUAUAACGCUGUCGUUGCGCAUGCGUUUUCGCAUUAUACAUGGUUGAAAUCUCGUGGUGAAUUUGUGAUAACUGGACUGAAAGGAGUACAACAGUUGAACAAAUACAACUUAACAAUUCCUACAAUACAUUCUCGUUCCCAGAAGUUUGUACAUACCGACAAAGGGUAUAAAGGGAUCGAGGAUUUCUUUUCUACGCAUCGCUGUAACGAUUUAUGUCGGGUAUGGCCAAGACCAGAUAACGUACUACAGCGGCCCAAACUAAGCAACAGUGAAAUAGACAUGAUGUCACUCCAGCUACAGAACAUGGCGGAAAUACAACCAAAGGGGGCGGCACCCGCAGCUAUGCGCAUGUCUGUGAGUGAUAUGUAUCUGAUGCGAAACUAUCCCAUUAGAACCGGAAGUCAUCAAGAUAGUCGAAACUGCGCAUGUUCUUACUUUGGAUUACAGUGUUCUCAUAAGCAUCACCCAGUAUCCAUGGUAAUGUGUACUACCAGGUCGGCAUUGGAAAAUGACGUGUUUCUAUGACGCUUCACCCAAUGAGGAGGCGUGCGGUAUGUUUGAGAUGGAAUAUCAACCAAAGACGUGAAAGUAUGUAAAUCAAAAUUCAUACAAUGCAGAAGGGAUAAUUAAUUACAAAUAAUUGUAGAUGACGACACAGUUGCUUUCUAAUUCUAUUGUCUUUUUAUGUUGAUUACGCAGACCGAUAAUAGUGUUCAGUACUACCAAAGGUUUUGAUAGCAAUAAUGUCUUUGAAAAUACAUUUACAUAAGACGUUAUGUCUUAUCAAUUACUUCUGAAAAUCGAGCAUAAUAUCAAAAUUAUAUUGUCACGCGACAAAAUACGUUAUUCUUACUAAUAAAGUUCCGUGUUCAGUGUUCCACAUAGAUAUAUUGAUGUUUGUAUUUGUACUCAUUCAUUGUAUGGCUUUGAAAACUCGCACUACACUGAAAAUGAAACAAUGUUGUAAAACGUAAGAUAUGAGUUUAGGAAUUGUGUUGACGCUAUUGGGUAUAGUGGUUAAGUUAAAAUCAUUCAUGUUUUUCUGAACAUAUCUUUUUAGUGACAAGCGUUUCUUAACCAAAAAAAGGUCCACAAAGUACGGACUAAUGGCGUACACAGUAUUCGGACUUUUAUCAAUAGUAUAAGGUCCCAAAGUUCAUAAAUAUCAACAUAUCAUGAUAUUGUUGUCUUAUUGUAGUGACUUUGAUUUUCUAUCAUCUCCUUGUAAUUUUUUUUUAAUAUGUUUCCUUAAAUCAUAUUUGUGAAUCCUCAAAAAGCAGUUCAUCGUAUAAAAUCUGUCACAUGACAUAUCAUUUACUGUUUCAGUCACAAACAAAUAUUACACAAAAUCUCAGCAUGUUAUUUAAAAGCGUAACAACAGAUAAAUCACAUGGCAUGAUAGUCAGUAUCUAACAGAAAUCCGUGUAGUAUUUAACAAUGGUGUUUGACAAUGGUGAAAGAGAUAAGAGGAAACGUAUAUACAUGCUUGGUUGCAUAAGCACGUGGGACUAAUGCAGCAACUACACUUUACGUCAUUACAAAAUAAAUCGAUAUUAUUUUAAUAAGAUUCAUCACUUUGAAAAUAUGUAUGUUUCAAAGUUUAACUUUAUACACCAACAAUGUACUAUCAAACGUGUCUCAACGUUUCAAGACCGGUUGGUCCCUUCGUCAACAGUCGUCUGUUGAAUAGUCGAACUACUCGGUAGUGAAACGGACGUAGACCAUUCAAACGUACAAUUCGUCAACAGCCAUUAGCUUAGUAAAUGAACCAUUCUCGAUAUCCAGGGGCUACGCUCACUAAUGCUAUCUGCACCCCAGGAAUAUGUCAUAGCAAAAUUGUAGGAA